GUCGACGUCGCAAUGUACGAUUAAAAUAAGUAAAUACUUUAAAAUCUAUUUUUUAAAAAAUGCGAUAAUUUGAAUAUCAACCAAUCAGAGACGGAGCGCGCCGAGACGAAGCCGUUAGGCGCCUGCGUUGUCGUCGGCGUCACGUGAGGCGAGGGGGUCCAGCAAGCAGAGAUGGAGAAGAACAACCAGGAGAAGCAUUUGGAAGUGUGCGACGACAUCAUCAGCUUUUUCACAAGUGAUCUCAAACCCAAGGAGAACAUGGACAUGGCCUUGGAAAUGCAGCGGAACACGAUGGAGAAUUGGGUGGUGCAGAGCGAGGAUGCCAUCCAAGCGCUGAAAGACAAAAUGUCGCUGAAGAUGGCGCGGGAGGAGAUGAUGCUGGCGACGAAUGACCUCGGCGCGGCGAAGCGGGAGCUGGAGCAGGUGGAGGCCGAGCUGCAGCAGAAGCUACAGGAGCAGGAGGAGCAGCGACAGGCACUGGCUCGCUGCUUGGCCGAACUGGAGGAGGCAAAGAACUUGGAGAAGGAGCUGAAGCUCCAAGAGGAGGACAUCACGGUGGAGUUGACCGACGUGAUCCCCAGCACCAAGUACAUGGUUCACCUCCUGUCCAAGCUGACGCUCGUGCGCUUCGACUACGAUGCCGACCCUCAAAUCGUCAAGGGAGUGGUGGGGAACAAGACGGGCGUGCAGCCCUUCGAGUUGAAUACCCGCCAACACAGCCGCUCCUUCAUCGUCAACUACCUGUGGAGCCUCGUGGACUCGGAGUGGUAGUGUCCACCGGCCGGACUCGACUGUCGAACUGCAGGAACAUUUCCGUUUGUCCACUACCACCAUCGUACGUAGUCAACCGCGCUAAUCGGAUGUGCCGAGGGAAGGACAACAAACUAUGGGUCUCUUUGUGAGUCUGUGGGUCUCUGUGCGAGCCUUUGUAUGUACGUGUGUCGAACUUCUCUCGCAAACGUACGUAGCUAACCGUGCUAAUGGGAGCUGCAACAAACUAAACACAACAACGAGCAGUUCUGAAGAAAUUAGUUCGUCAAUCUAGGUGAUGGUUUAAAAGUGCGGCAUCGCUCCCAGUGGCUUCCUAAUACCAGAAAGGAAGAGCGUUCCAGACGGCCGCAGGAGGCACAUCCGAAAGCGGCACGCGACUCGGUGACCUUCUUUGUUCGAUGGCUAGCCAGCGGCGGUCGUGAUCGAUCCGCUGCUGGAUGGAGUCUCGCAAAGUAACGGUCCUCCUAGCACCUGCAAACGAGCAUCAUUCCCUCUUGGCAAUGUAAACUGCCCAAGCCCAUUUAUACGAAGUCAACAUUUUUUAAAUAAAUUUACGUUCGAUUGUUUGA